CUCUCCACCUUCCUCCCUCCCUCCCUCCCCCUCCCCCUCCCCAACCAAACCUCGUCGUCGUCUCCUCCGCCGCGCUGUCCCCUCCCCUCCCCUAUAUACCCCACCCCUCGCCUCCCCCACGCGCACGCGCAACCCCCAUAUGCUUAACUCCCCCACCCAAACCCUCCCCCGCACCACCCACCAUGGGCGCCUGCUUCUCCUCCCCUGCCACCGCCGGCGCCGCCGGGAGCGGCAGCCCGCGGAGGGGGAAGCUCCCCGACGGCGGCGGGAAGGAUGCGCCCGCGCGGGUGGAGUUCGGGUACGAGAGGGACUUCGAGGGGCGGUACCAGGUCGGGAGGCUGCUCGGCCACGGCCAGUUCGGCUACACCUUCGCCGCCACCGACCGGACCUCCGGUGACCGCGUCGCCGUCAAGCGCAUCGACAAGGCCAAGAUGGUUCGCCCUGUUGCCGUGGAGGAUGUAAAGAGAGAAGUGAAGAUUCUUAAAGAACUUAAAGGCCAUGAGAAUAUUGUUCACUUCUACAAUGCAUUUGAGGAUGACUCAUAUGUGUAUAUUGUGAUGGAACUAUGUGAGGGUGGUGAACUAUUGGACAGGAUUUUGGCAAAAAAAAACAGCCGUUAUAGUGAGAAAGAUGCUGCAGUGGUGGUGCGGCAGAUGCUGAAAGUGGCAGCCGAGUGUCAUCUGCAUGGGCUAGUACACCGAGAUAUGAAGCCUGAGAACUUCCUUUUUAAAUCAACCAAGGAGGACUCACCUUUGAAGGCAACAGAUUUUGGUCUGUCAGACUUCAUAAAACCAGGGAAAAAGUUUCAUGAUAUAGUUGGCAGUGCCUAUUAUGUCGCACCAGAAGUGUUAAAACGGCGGUCUGGCCCUGAGUCAGAUGUUUGGAGCAUAGGAGUCAUAACUUAUAUUUUGCUGUGUGGGAGGCGCCCUUUUUGGAAUAAAACAGAGGAUGGCAUAUUCAGAGAGGUACUAAGAAACAAGCCUGACUUCCGUAAGAAGCCUUGGCCAGGCAUCAGUUCAGGUGCUAAGGAUUUUGUUAAGAAGUUACUUGUGAAGAACCCCAGGGCAAGAUUAACUGCUGCUCAAGCUCUCUCACAUCCAUGGGUAAGAGAAGGAGGAGAAGCGUCUGAGAUCCCUGUCGAUAUAUCUGUAUUGUCCAACAUGCGCCAGUUUGUCAAGUACAGCCGUUUUAAGCAAUUUGCACUGAGGGCUUUAGCAAGUACACUAAAGGAGGAAGAACUAGCAGAUCUGAAGGACCAGUUCGAUGCAAUUGAUGUUGAUAAAAGUGGAUCAAUUAGUAUCGAGGAAAUGCGGCAUGCCCUUGCAAAGGAUCUUCCUUGGAGAUUGAAGGGCCCUCGUGUUCUUGAGAUUAUCCAAGCAAUCGACAGCAACACCGAUGGCCUUGUGGACUUCGAAGAGUUUGUAGCAGCGACUCUCCAUAUACAUCAAAUGGCUGAGCUCGACUCCGAAAGAUGGGGCAUACGGUGCCAAGCUGCUUUCAGCAAAUUCGAUCUAGAUGGUGAUGGAUAUAUCACUCCAGAUGAACUUAGAAUGCACACCGGCUUGAAGGGCUCCAUCGAGCCAUUGCUGGAGGAGGCCGACAUCGACAAAGACGGGAGAAUAAGCUUGUCCGAAUUCCGCAAGCUUCUGCGAACAGCGAGCAUGAGCAACCUUCCCAGCCCAAGAGGGCCUCCAAAUCCUCAACCUUUGUGAACUGCAAAAAUGGAGCCAUUGGCAAGGACCGUGCCUGAUGAACGAACACCUACGGAGAUACGUUCACUUAGUCCCUGUAAAUGCUUUGUCUUGUUACUGUCCGCGUACCAUGUGAUGUGAGGGUGUCUGAGUUUUUAGCAUCCAGGUUCCGUGUGCAGCAUGGAGAUAAUUUCAGUGUUGUACGGAGUAUAUACAUAUUUUUUCUCAAAUCCAAAAAAAAAAAAAUGUAACAAGCAGAAAUGCUGUUCAAGUCUCCCAUUCUCCUCCCUGUACAUAUUUCUGUAUGCAUGAUUUGAUUGCACGUAUUCAUCACAAUAAAGCUAUCUGAGAUUGCAAGA